UCAGCCCGGAGCUGCCAGUGUCUGCGACCUGCGCCCUCAGGCAGCAGGGAGACAGCCGACAUGACCCACUUCAACAAGGGGCCCUCCUACGGACUCUCCGCCGAGGUCAAGAACAAGAUUGCCCUGAAAUAUGACCCUCAGAUAGAAGAAGAUCUGCGGAACUGGAUAGAAGAGGUUACAGGGAUGAGCAUCGGUGCUAAUUUCCAGCUGGGAUUAAAGGAUGGCAUCAUCUUAUGCGAGCUUAUAAAUAAGCUGCAGCCAGGAUCAGUGAAGAAAAUUAAUCAAUCAAAACUAAAUUGGCACCAGCUGGAGAACAUUGGGAAUUUUAUCAAAGCCAUCCAAAUCUAUGGCAUGAAGCCACAUGAUAUUUUUGAGGCAAAUGAUCUUUUUGAAAAUGGAAACAUGACUCAAGUACAGACAACUCUAGUGGCACUGGCGGGUUUGGCAAAGACUAAAGGUUUUCAUACUACAAUUGAUAUUGGUGUCAAAUAUGCAGAGAAACAAGCACGAAGUUUUGAUGCAGGAAAACUAAAAGCUGGUCAGAGUGUAAUUGGGCUGCAGAUGGGCACCAACAAGUGUGCCAGUCAGGCAGGCAUGACUGCUUAUGGAACUAGAAGACACCUCUAUGAUCCAAAAAUGCAAACUGAUAAGCCAUUUGACCAGACAACAAUUAGCCUACAGAUGGGCACUAACAAAGGAGCGAGUCAGGCUGGGAUGCUGGCCCCAGGAACCAGGAGAGACAUCUAUGACCAGAAGCACAUCCUCCAGCCCGUGGAUAACUCGACGAUUUCCUUACAAAUGGGUACCAACAAAGUAGCUUCCCAGAAGGGAAUGAGUGUGUAUGGUCUGGGCCGACAGGUGUACGACCCCAAGUACUGUGCUGCUCCCACAGAACCUGUCAUUCACAACGGCAGCCAAGGGACAGGCACCAACGGCUCUGAGAUCAGCGACAGCGAUUACCAGGCGGAGUACCCUGAUGACUACCACGGAGAGUACCAAGAUGACUAUCAAAGAGAUUACCAUGGUCAGUACAGUGACCAGGGCAUUGAUUAUUAGCCUUGCAUCAACAGUUCAGUAUUAGUCCAUUAUUUUAUUCAGUAAGAACGAAACUAGCCUUGUGGAAUCGUUCCCUCUCUUUCCUACACACUAUACUUAAUGUACCUAAAGAAAUACUGCCUUACAUACAUUCCUUUCUCCUUUUUCUGCCCUUUCCCUCUCUAGUUGCCUUUAGUGCUGUAACAGUUGUAGUCUACAGCAUAAACAAUAACUGCAUAUGAAGUAAAAGGAAUACUGUGAAAGGGGGAGUGCUCUUGUACAGCCAGGGUGUCUCAUAAGGAGCUCUGUAUUUUCACGUCCCUGCUGAAGUGGGGAUUUACAGACCAUGUUAAGCCUUCGUUUUACAUGCUUACAGCUUUGCUGUUUGCCAGAUGAGAUGCAAGAAUUUCCUGCUUAAAGUUCCAUGUGUCUUUGCCAAUGAAAUCUUAGCCAUCUCAUAAGCUGAUUUAACUAUCAUUCCCAUCUUUCUGAGGUGCUGUUUGCUCAUGGUAAGUCAUGCAUUAGCCAGAAGUGUGCAUUUGUGAUAGUGUAUUCAUUCCAUUACCAACACUGAUCAAACUCACAAACAGUUGUCUUGCUAAAAAGGGAGCUUGUACAAAGUCUUGAGCCAACAGGAAGUCCGUGAUGGAUGGUGCAUUUACCUUUUAUUGUGCCAUAAUGUAUCCAUGUAGAAAUGCUUUUUCUUCCUUGAACUGUAUUUAUUGCCACACUUCUCAAACUGAUCCAGUGUAUUUUUAUAAAUAAAUAUUUUUUC